CACCCCGGUUCACUCAUCCGUGACGUGCACCGGUGGGGCAGAGCACAUUCUCUUUCGCGAGCUUCAUCCGCAACCUCGGCUUCCCCCCGCCUGCUCGUGUGUUUGUGUUUUUUUCCCCUUCACUUCACACCGUAUCCUUUUGGGAGCUGCAAAUUAACACAAUGUAACGGCGAGAACAAUUUCAUACCUUCACAAAGACAAAAGACCGUCGUGGACGACUAACAGCCUGCACAAAGAAGCAAGAAAGGGGGACGGCGAAAGAGCAUUAAGCACACGGUGGUCUGUGAGAUUGAACUUCAUAAUCAAACGUCGUUGUCCCCGGGGUCAAUGACAGAGAAUGAAUUAAGCGAUACACCCGAUUUGCGUGCCAAGGUUUAUGUCAUGGGAUUCCCUCAGCGUUCGGACCCUGCUUGCCUGUGACCGUUGAGAGAGAGAGAGAGAGAGAGUCGUUACGGUGCACGGUUUUUUGUGCUGUUCAGCAGCAGUGGAUCUGGUGUGGUGGAGGACAAUAGCUAUACGCCAAUCCAAGGCGAGGGUGGUGGGAUUCCCGCAGUCCCCCCCGUCUGCACUCCAAGCCCAGGCAAGUCGAUUUUGAAUGACAGCUCCGCAACAAAGCACGGACACCUCGUCGCCUCAAGGGAAUUUUGUUGCCAUUUUAAGGAAUCUCGAAGACGAGUCGGCUGUGCGGAAAACCAGACUUUACUCGAAUGCAAUAGCGACAGGAGAUUGUUAAGUGAAUUAGAAUGUGCGAAGGAAAUCGAUGACUGCAACCUGCACAGUUCUUCACCGAGCACCUUAAUUAAUUGGUCGUUAGUGGGAGAAAUAUUACAACGGAAUUGCCAAUAUUAUCAACACUGGCUUCAUUGGGUUUGCACGGUAGCUGUAGACCCGCAUUGCGCCCUCAGGACUUAAAGUCUAAUCUAAUAAACAGGGUAGUUAUUGCGACGGCGCCUAACGGGUUAACUGCCAAACGCAAGAAUAGGCUAACGGGGACUACAUUGAAAUCACCCAUUCGUGAUCGUGUUGUAAAGAGGGUUCGGCAUCGCUUGAUAGAUGUGAGAACACUGGUUCGACAACCCACCACCACCACAACAGGAAUUCUCACACCUACAACCCCGAAAGCCUACAAGCUACGAGGAGGCAAGCACCAUCUCCGCUAGAUAUUGAGCUCACACACUGAAAUGCAUCCAGAUUCCCUGGUGCAGAAUUUUAAUAAGGUAGUGCAUCGCUGGUAAAUCGAGCCUUUUCUCCACAUCGUCUUGCCUGUUUGGAGGAACCCGCUGUGACUCAAGCCUAACUGUGACAGAACCAUGGCUGCUGUGGUGAACUACUCCCCGCCGUGGUGGGCAAAUCUUCUUCACCGUCUACCCCACUUCAACCUGCAGUUUGAGAUGACGAGCAGCGACUUCCGACCCGAAGACUCCGAAUAUCAGAAGUCUGUGCUGCUGAUUGGCGCUGUGGCUCUGGUGUGUCUGGCCCUGGACCUGCUCUUCCUUCUCUGCUACUCCUUCUGGCUGUGCUGCCGCCGCAGGAAGAGCGACGAUCCGCCCAACGCCGACUGCUGCUGCACCGCCUGGUGCGUCAUCAUCGCCACGCUCGUCUGCAGUGCUGGCAUUGCUGUGGGUUUCUAUGGCAACGGAGAGACAUGUGAUGGGAUGAACAGGUUGACGUACUCCCUUCGCCAUGCCAACCAGACUGUGGCCGGGAUCGAUAAACUGGUGUCCAGCAGCUCCGUGUCCUUGAAUGACUCGGUGCAGGCGGGCCUGCUGCAGUGUGAGGUGGCCUACGAGAAGCAGACCGACUACCUGUCCAUCGUGCACAAGCUGCAGGGCCAGCUGGACGAGCUACUGGGCCUGCUGGUGGAGGUGCCCUUCUGGAGCAACUCGGACCUGUCGCUGCACACGCUGGCCGCCACCACCGAGCAGCACGACUGGUACAGGUGGCUGGCCUAUCUCACCUUGCUGCUCUUUGACGUGCUCAUCUGUCUGCUAGUGCUGGUCGGACUCAUCCGGAACUCCAGGGGAAUUCUGAUUGGAGUGUGUAUUCUGGGUGUUCUAGCACUUGUCAUCAGCUGGGCCACCUUGGGAUUAGAGCUGUCUGUCGCCGUGACCACCAGUGACUUCUGUGUGGACCCCAACUCUUACAUCACCAAAGUCACGCAGGAGAACGCUGUCAUCAACCAAGAUAUCUUGCAGUACUACCUGAAAUGCAGCAUGGGCCAGUCCAACCCCUUUCAGCAGAAACUCUCUGGAAGCCACAAGUCUCUGGUGGAGAUGCAGGAUGACGUCGCUGAACUGCUACGCUCCGCCACUCGAGAGUAUCCUCAGACCAAGGGGAAUCUGGAGGAGAUCCAGUCUGUGUUGAACUCCACUGAGGUUAGCCUCCACCAGCUUACGGCUCUGCUGGACUGCCGCAGCCUGCACAUGGACUAUGUCCAGGCUCUGACGGGUCUGUGUUAUGACGGCGUGGAGGGCCUCAUCUACCUGGUGCUCUUCUCCUUCGUCACCGCCCUCAUGUUCAGCUCCAUCGUCUGCAGCGUGCCCCACACCUGGCAGGGCAAGAGGAGUGAGGACGAUGACGGUGACGAGUCUUCUGCGGCCCACGGCUCACGGCAGCCUCACGAUAACCUGUACCGCGUGCACAUGCCCAGCCUGUACAGCUGCGGCAGCAGCACGUACGGUAGCGAGGCUAGCCUCCCAGCCGCGGCUCACACCGUCAGCAACGCGCCCGUAACCGAGUACAUGAGCCAGAGCGCUAACUUUCAGAACCCCCGCUGUGAGAACACUCCUCUGAUUGGCAGGGAGUCCCCUCCGCCCUCUUACACCUCAAGCAUGAGGGCGAAGUACCUGGCCAACGGUCAACCAGAUCAGCCACAGCAGCAGCCGCAGACUCCCGGCAGCCGAGCGGACCAUCGCCAGAAUCCCCGCACCGAACCGCACCUUCGCCCUGAAGCCCUCAGCCGCUCCGCCCCCAACAGCCGGCCCAACUCUGCCAUCCACCGGCCGCACUCCUCCAUACACUAACACACCUGCCCGCAAGGGUCCAUCACUCAGCUCAGUCCCCAAAGCACCCAUCCACAACUCGGACAUCUAUUGGUCACCCCUGGGGACAACCCCACCACCACCACCAACCCUGAGGACAACCAUCAAAACUCAAUCCACAACUCUGGCAUCUGUUGGUCAUCCCUAGGGACAACCCCGUCUCCCUGGGGGCAACUCAUGAAGCCCAAUCCACAGCCCUGGUAUCUAUUGAUCACCCCUGGGGUACACCCUUAACUAAGAGCUUAACUGUUCAGCCCCAGCCAGAUGAACCACCCCAAUUUGUCCUAUAGAAAACAUUUGAAAUCAGUCUCUGAAAUCCAUUAGCCAUCCUGAGAUGUUAUCUCAGUUUGGCAAUGUAUCGUCCUGAAAGAAAAACUGAAACAAAUCUCUGAAUCUAUUCCGUAAAAAAGAAAUUGAAAUUGAGUUGGUCAGCCUGACCAAUUGGUCAGACCAUUUAAUUGAUAAUCCUAAGAAAAACCAAAGUUUAUAUUUUUCUAUCCAUUUGAUAUCCCAGAAAACCCAAAGUUAACCUCCACAAUCGAUUCAUUAUAUUGAACACCCUAAACUAGUCCCUGCAAUUCAUUUAUUUUUUAAAAAUUGAUUAAUGCCUUAUCAUAGCAAUCAAAUCCUGAAGUCCACGAAAGCUGUCAGCUGAUCAUUAGUGCCCUUCACACGACCUGCGACCUGCAGACUGUACAGUCUUUAUAGUUGUAAAAUAUAUCACUGGUUGCAGUUAUCAAAAGCACUGUCCUACUAUAGUCAUUUUAACUCAGAGAGAUUGUGUCCAAAAUGACACUCUCCUAUUAUUUAACACCAGUCCUAGCACAACAAAGUGUUUAAGAAACAGCAGGCCAGAUCAAUACAAACUGAGAUCAGUGUGACCCUGCCCUAGCAAGCCAGUAUCCCCCCCCCCC